AAAAAUAGCACAGAUUUACCAUAACUUCCGAAUAACCAUUAACCAUUUCAAUAACACUAUCAAUUUUUGACUCUGGCUAUGAUUCAGUAGAGUGUUUUAUUAGCUUCGUUUAUCAAAUGUCAGGCAUUUUAAGACAUUCUACAAAACACUUGAAUAUCCUUUGAUCUUAAGAUUACGAUGGGUGGAUGGAAGUUGGAAGUUUUUCGGAUGGCGAUGUAUGUCAGCUUUCCUGUUGGUUUAUUUUACUUGUUUAAUCAGCCAGUAUUUUUUGAACAAUGGAUGAUGGAAAAAAGGGCACAGAUAUUUCCACCAGAUGAUCCUAAAUUACUUAAAAAGAUUGAAGAAAUGCGAGCUAAGAGGGAACUCAUGCAGGAAAAUGAAUUGCUUGAAGCCCAAAAUAAAAAAAUGUAAAUUUAUUUGUUCUCAUAACUUGUUAUAAUAUUCAUGUUAAUUCAUCUUUGAAUGAAUCAUGUGUGAUGCCUUUGCAUAUUGAAUGGAUGUUGAAAAUAAUUAAACUGCAACAGCAGCACUAAUGUAAAGAUGUAUGAUAACUGUUAAUACCAGUUUAAAAUAUGUUAGAAUAUUUAAAAUUUUAGUUCUCCACAGCAUUUUAACAAACAUUAUCAUGAUUAUUUUCCCAGAAAAUAAAAGUUAGUGAUUCAAAUGACACAAAGACAUUUUUAGUAUUUAAAAAAAAUUACUUUUAUUGCCUAUUAUUUUAAAAAAUGCAAAUCAAUGUACAUUUAGAUCAGUUAUU